UCUGGAGCAGCCGUUUUUAAAAUGUGUCUGGUUUCUGGACUGUUUAUUUCGCAGCUGUGGGACGAAAGGGUUGUAAGUUACCUGUCUUCACAAAACCAAUUAAUAACCCUACGAUACAGAAAAAGUGGCUUUGGCUUUUCAGGUUUGAAAUCCCUUUGAAAUAAAGGGUCAGCCAAGAUGGCGAUGAACUUAGGUGUCAAGGCUCUUCUUUGCUGGGUUAACAGUAUAAAACUGUCAGACCGAGACAUAACAUUAACUAUUGACGAUUUACAAGAUGGGACAGUCUUACUGAAGAUUGUUUACAUGCUGAAAAAGGAAUCCAACUCCUGUUGCAUUAAUUCCAUCGAGGAUCGGUUUAAGAUCAUAGCAGACUUUGUGGAAAGGGAUUGCAGAUUCAGUGCAACCAAAGGCACUUCAUUGUCUUGGGACAACAUAGUAGAUGGCAUCAACCUAACAGUAGAAAUUGCAAAGGUGCUUUUGUUGCUCGUGUACCAAGACAUGAUGAAUCACCGCUGCACACUAAACACAUUAGAAUGUGAAGUGGAGCGAGAGAUAGCGAACCUAACGGGUUCAUAUGUGAUGGAGAGCGAGGGCUCUGUUUAUUUGAAUCACGGCCUCGAUGCCUAUUUGGCAAGGAGACAUUUACCUGCCAACUGUGAAAUAUUUGAGGAACUAGCAACCACCUCUACAUCCAGUCUGUCGACCAUGUCCUCGCUGUCUGAUGGUGACUCCCCUGUCUUCCACCGCACACAGAAAAUCACAUUUUUGGAUAUGCAAACUGUGGCUUCUUCCUCAGUCAGCAAAUCUCCUCUGCAGGAUAUCAUGAACACACCUAAAUUUCAGUUGAGGAAGAUGCAGCGACAGAUGAUCAAGGAGAGAGACUACAGAGAUGGGUUGGAGAGGGAACUGGCCAGCAAGCUUGCCCUCAUUGCACAGAGAGAAACCCAUAUUAACCAGUUACAGUACCGCCUUGAUAAGCUGAAAGAAGAGCAAGGUGAUCAGGAGCAAGUUUUGAGGGAACAAAUCAAUGAGCUUGAGACCAAGAACAACACGCUACAAAUGCGUAUUCAUGAUAUGUUGAAGGAAAACAAAGACCUAAAGUGUAACUCCGCACUGAUGGAACGCAAAGUGUUAGAGUGUACAGAAGAAAAUGGUGUACUUUCUUCCCAGAUGAGAGCAGUGUGUUCACAGCUGGCCAUCUUUGAGGCAGAAGUUGGCAGGCUGACAGAAACCCAAGCAUCUGCUCAGGAGGAGUGGAAAAGCAAAACGGACCACCUAGAGUCUGAACUCAACCAAACUACUGCUCAAAAGGAUCUACUGACUGAACAAAUUCAGAUCCUCCAGGGAAAGAUUUCAUGUUUGGAGGAUGAAAUAAGCAGGGCCUCUAAAGAAGAAGUAGGGGAGAAUAUGGGGCCUAUAAUGGAGAGAGAAAUGUAUGAGACUGAAAUCAACAGCCUAAAGAAUGAGCUGGAAGGCACAUUUUGCUCCCUGAAAAGGGCUGAGGUGGAGAUUCAGUCCAAAACACAGCAACUGGCAGAGUAUCAGGAAGAAAUAGCUCAACAGAAGGAUCUCCAGAAGCAACAGAAGUCCCAAAGUGAAAAAAUGAUUCAUGCCAAGGAGGAAAUUUUAGACAAGUUGCAAAAGGAGAUCAAUAAGCAGAGAGCAGUCCUUCAGCAAGAGAUCCAGGAUCUGAAACUUCAACUUGAGCAAGUUGAGCAUCAGAAAAUUGAGCAGAUGACCAGAUUACAACAGCAUAUUGCUGCUUGUGAAGAAGAAGUUGUAAAACUAAAGGAAAUUAAGAAAGAGAAGGAAGACCUUCUCCACCAGACAGAAGAAAAAAUGAGAGAGCUUGAGACACAGUUAUCUGCUGCCAGUUCUCUCUUGGCUGAUAAAGAUCAACAAAUUAACAGUCUCAGAGAAGAAGUUGACAUUCUUACAGAUGAAAUUAAAAGUGACAGAAAUGAAAUUCAAGCCAAAGAGGAAAUGCUUGCCAAAUUACUUCUGGAGAAGUCUAAUGACCACGAACAUUUUCAAAAUAAAAUCCAGACCAUGACAGUCCAAGUGGAAGAUCUUAUCUCAUCUCUCAAACAGGCUGAGCAGGAAAUCCAAAUUAAGCAAGACCUAUUGGCUAAAACCCAACAAGACAAUACCCAACAAAGAGAGGCACUCCAACAGCAGAUUGUGACACGUGAAGAAGAGGUUCAGAAGUUAAACAAAGAGAUCGAGGUCAAAAAUGAGCAGCUUGUUAUUCUAAAGAAUGACAGCUCUCAACAGUCUAAAUUGCUUGAGCAAGAGAUUAAUGGUCUAAAAGGCCAACUACAAAGUCUGAUGGACUCUCUCAGAAAAGCUGAGCAACAAGUUCAGGCUCAGAAGGUUAUUCUUACAGAGCAGGAGCAGGAAAGUGCUCAUCAGAAGGAGCUCCUGCAGCAACAACUGUCUGCUUCUGAGGAAAGGACGAGGAGCAUGAUGGAGGAGAUCCAGACUAAAGAGGAACAGAUUAACAUGUUGGAAAAACAAAGUUCAGAGCAGUCAGAAACAUUACAUCAAGAGAUCCAAGAUUUAAAGCCACAAAUUGAGUCUCUUAGUUCUUCACUGAGGAAUGCUGAGGAGAAUUUGCAAUCCAAGGAAAAUCUAUUGGCUGAACAGCAUCUACAGAGCACUCAAGAUAUAGCGGCACUCCAGACGCAGAUGGUAGCAUCUCAAGAUGAGGUGAAGAGGCUAAAUACUGAGAUUCAUGCGAAGGAGGAGCAGUUAAUUCUUCUGAAGACCGAGACCUCUACACACUCUGAGUUGCUACAGCAGGAGAUUGAAAGUCUGAAUACACAAAUUGAAAGUAUGAGCAAUUCUCUUGAGAUCACCAAAGAUCAGGUUCAAGCCCAAGAAAAUUUGAUGGCCAAGCAGGAGAAGGAGAGCACUUUGCAGAUUGAGGAACUUAGAAAGCACAGUGCAGUUCUUGAGGAGGACGUUAAUCGGCUCAGGGAUGAGAUCCAAACUAAAGAGGGCGAGGUAGACAUGUUAAAGGCUAAUAACCACAAGGAGUCAGAAGUGCUACAGAAUGAGAUCCAGACACUCGGGGACCAAGUAAAAAGUUUGAGCGAAUCCCUGAAGACUACAGUAGAGCAGGUUCAGGCUAAAGAAAACCUGCUGACUCAAAAGGAAAUUGAGAUAUCUCAGGAAAAAGAGAAAUUUCAAAACUUGAUGACAUCCUCUGAAGGGGAGAUAAGUGACCUUAGGGAGCAGAUCAAGACUAAAGAGGAUCAGCUGGUCACACUGAAAAAGGAGAGCUCCAUACAUUCUGACAUGUUACAGCAAGAUAUUGAAUGUCUAAAAAAACAACUAGAAAGUCUAAAUGACUCUCUCAAAAAGUCGGAGGAACAAGUUGAAGCUCAGAAGAUUAUGCUUACAGAGCAGGAGCAGGAAAGUGCUCAUCAGAAGGAGCUCCUGCAGCAACAACUGUCUGCUUCUGAGGAAAGGACGAGGAGCAUGAUGGAGGAGAUCCAGACUAAAGAGGAACAGAUUAACAUGUUGGAAAAACAAAGUUCAGCGCAGUCAAAAACAUUACAUCAAGAGAUCCAAGAUUUAAAGACACAGAUUGAGUCUCUUAGUUCUUCACUGAGGAAUGCUGAGGAGAAUUUGCAAUCCAAGGAAAAUCUAUUGGCUGAACAGAAUCUACAGAGCACUCGAGAUAUAGCGGCACUCCAGACGCAGAUGGUAGCAUCUCAAGAUGAGGUGAAGAGCCUAAAUACUGACAUUCAUGCGAAGGAGGAGCAGUUAAUUCUUCUGAAGACGGAGACCUCUACACACUCUGAAUUGCUACAGCAAGAGAUUGAAGGUCUGAAUAAACAGAUUCAAAGUAUGAGCAAAUCUCUUGAGAUUGCCAAAGAUCAGGUUCAAGCUAAAGAAGAUUUGAUGGCCAAGCAGGAGAAGGAGAGCACUUUGCAGAUUGAGGAACUUAGAAAGCACAGUGCAGUUCUUGAGGAGGACGUUAAUCGGCUCAGGGAGGAGAUCCAAACUAAAGAGGGUGAGGUAGACAUGUUAAAGGCUAAUAACCACAAGGAGUCAGAAGUGCUACAGAAUGAGAUCCAGACACUCGGGGACCAAGUACAAAGUUUGAGCAAAUCCCUGAAGACUACAAUAGAGCAGGUUCAGGCUAAAGAAAACCUGCUGACUCAAAAGGAAAUGGAAAUUUCUCAGGAAAAAGAGAAAUUUCAAAACUUGAUGACAUCCUCUGAAGGGGAGAUAAACGGGCUGAAAGAGCAGAUUCAUGCUAAAGAGGAUGAGCUGGUCACUCUAAAGAAAGAGGGCUCCAUACAUUCUAAUAUGCUACAGCAAGAUAUUGAAUGUCUAGAAAACCAACUAGCUAAUAUGGUUGACUCUCUGACAAAGGCUGAGGAGAAGGUUCAGACUCAGCUAGUUAUGCUCACUGAACAGGAGCAGGAGAGCACUCAUCAGCACGAGCUCUUGCAGCAACAACUGUCAGCUUCUGAGGAGGAGGUAAAGAAGAUGAAAGGGGAGAUCCAAGCUAAAGAGGAACAGAUGAUGCUGCUGAAGACCGAGAGCUCAGAGCAGUUGGAUUCACUACAAAAAGAGAUACAAAGUUUAAAGACACAGGUGGAGACUCUUAGCUCCUCAGUGAGGAAGGCUGAGGAGGAUAUGCAAUCCAAGGAAGAUCUGUUGGCUCAACAACAAGAAGAAAAUACUCAACAGAGGGAGGCACUACAGAACCUACAGGAGAAAGUCAAACAAGUGGAGAUUCUUCAGGAAGAGAUUUCUUCACGCAACGAAGAGAUUCAAAAGCUAAAAGAAUCUCAGGCUGAGAGAGACUGUCUCCUUCUCAAGGCUGAGGAGAAGCUUCAGAUCCUCCAGACUGAGUUGUCUGCUGUCAACACACACAUAGCUGAUAAGGACCAAAAUCUGAACACUCUCAGAGAGCAGGUCGCUGCUCAAGCUAACUUGGUUCAAAAAGCAAAGGAGGAAGCUGAAGCCAAUGAGAAAAUGCUGGCUGAAAUAAAGAAGGAGAGCUCUAAACAGACAGAUGUUCUUCAACAAGAGAUUCAACAUCUGAAAGGGGAGUUGGAAACCAGUUCUUUUAAAGAGCAGAGGUUACUUCAAACUCAGCGGGAGUCUGCUCAGCAGAUAGAGCUCCUCCAGCAGCAGCUUGUCUCAGUAAAUGCAGAGACACAAGCGGCACAGGAGUUGCAGGUUGUUGCUUUUUGGGAAAAGGAGGCUCUUGUUGGAGAAAAAGAAGUACUGAUGGCCAGGAUACUCCAGGCAGAAAAGGACCAGAAAGCUCUGGAAAAACAACUUGAAGCCAUGGUCUUUGAGAAGGAGAGACUUGUUCAUGCCAAGCAUGCCAUAGAGAGAGAGAACAUAGCCUCCCAUAAACUGGAAUCUGUGCUGCAACAUGAGUUGGAAAUGGAGAAAGAGAAACUCUUGGAAGAGAGACAUAAGGCAGAAGAAAUUGAGAUUCUAAGGAGAGACCUUCAGGAACAGCUUUCAGCUAAAUCGGAGGCUGCAGAACACUACAAGGCACAGAUCGAGAAGGCAAUGAGUCAUUAUAAUAGCAAGAAGCAGCUUCUCCAAGAAAGCCAGGAGGAAGUGGCUGAACUCAAGCAUUCCUUAGAGGUUAAGGAGCGCGAGGCAAAGGCUAUUGCCACGGAGAACAAGAUGCUUCAACUGGAUUUGGACAAGGCCCAGACCAACGAGAAGAAACUUGUGACUAUGGUGGCCAGUUUGGAGGCACAGCUGUCCUUUGCUGACCAUAACCUGCGGGCACAGAAUAGGAUUCAUGGUAAUGAAAGAAGUGCAAGAGAGUCGUGUUACUUGGAGGUUCCCAACGCACACUCAAGUGUUCAGACUAGAGCACAAGUGAAGAGAACUAUGAGCUUUGACAGCCUGGACCAGAGCUCUCUGGAAGACUCCCUGAACACCACAAGGAAACUUUCAGCACCUGAUGAAUCGAGCACACCGCUUGUUCGCAGUUCAGAGCGCUUGGCAGCCAAACGCCGGGGUCUACAUACAGAGUCACUGGAAACUCUUUACUUUACUCCUAUAAGCAACAAACAGAACAACAGGACCAGUACGGAGCACCAAACUGAGCUGGAUUCAACCCGGAAAAAUCCAACUUCAUCUGUCAAAAGACGCAGGACCACGCAGGUUAUUAACAUCACCAUGACCAAGAAAACCCCAGGCAGAGGUGAAGAAGAUGAGACUUUCUACAGUCUGGCCUCAGCUCGCUCCCAUCCAAACCUCUCCAAUGCCCAUUCUGCGCGACCUGUGUCUUUGGAGCUGCCUGACAAACCUGCCAGAAUGACUGGCACUACCAGUGACCAGCUCAUCGGUCUUCCAGGGUACAGACGGAGCACAAUCCAUUUACAGCCUACUAGUACAUUCUGCGUUGGGACAGAGAACGAGCCAGAGGGUGCACCUGAUGACUGGAUGAGGAUUGCUGAGCUCCAGGCCAGGAACAAGGCCUGCCUUCCUCAUCUGAAAAGCAGUUACCCUGUGGAGUCUGACACUGGCCGUAGCAGCACGUUCCUAUUCACAGACGAAGAACUCCGUAUGGGCGACCCCUCUGACACAAUCCGUCGGGCGUCUGUGAUGCCUGGCCAGCUGCAAGAAUCUCUCUCCUCCCGUCGCCAAUCCCUCAUGAUGGGACACACAGGUGCCGCAGCCAGUACUCUUUCUCAUCGUCUGUCCUUGAUGCCGGGCCAGCUGCCGUCAAAAACUGUCAGCUCCUCUCAGCUGAGGAGCCCAAAAGGCUCAAAGCGGUCUUCAUCUACGUUGUCCGUUCAUCAGACUUCGCCUGAGAAAAAGGUGAGGGCCAGCUGCUUCCCUCGCCCACUCACUCCCAAAAACAAGAAUGUGAUCAGUGGACCUUCCAGCUCUCAGCAUCACACUGCUCUCACUCCAGCUGACCGGAAGCAGUCUAUGGUGUUCACUAUUGACAACACACCUAAAAACAGCAACUACCUAAGGAAAGGGCUGAACAAACUACGUAGCUCCACCCGAAAAUCUCCAGGCAAAAGUUCAAAGAAGUCGCCUGCUCAGACAUCUGCACGCAAGUGCCAUGAAAACAUGCCCCCAGGCAAUUCUCGUGCUGGGGUGGCACGAGCAGGCAGAACUGGCAGCAUUAAGUCACCCCAGGUGGCCACUAAAGGACAGAGGAAGUCUCCACGAGGCACCAGCAGGACUACAAACUCUUCUGGACUGACUGCCAGUGCUCGCAAGAAUUGUGUGUCUGUAAAGACAGGAAAUCUUCCUGGAAGUCAAAGAAGAUGAUGAGGAUGAAGUUGUGAAGAGGCUGGUUCUCAUCUGUCUGCACUUCUGCUACUUUACAGUUUCCUUUUCCAAAUGGAAUUUAAUUUUUAUAUUUUUGUUGUCCUUCUGGACAAAAAAUUUUACAAUCAUCUCCCUUAAUUUCUUUAUCUUCUUAAUAUGUCAUAUGUUUGUUAAUAAAAACAUUUAAAAGAAA